AUGACAUCUCCUUGGCUGGUUGGUGGAGAUUUCAAUGUUAUACUGAAUGAAGAAGAAAAAAUAGGAGGUUUACCAGUAUUGCCACAAGAAUAUGAAGACUUUGCUUUUUGUAUGAAUUCCUGUGAGUUGCAUGAGAUGUCUUUCAAAGGGAGUCCUUUCACCUGGUGGAAUGGUAGGGCUGCUAAUGACUGUAUUUUUAAGAGAUUGGACAGGAUUGUGCAUAAUGAUACAUUUCAGAAUUGGUUUGGACACCUAGAAGUGGAACAUUUGUCAAAGACUAGUUCUGAUCAUGCACCAUUACUGCAAUGGGAAACAAUCUUAACUGAUGAUGUGUUUCAGUCAUUUAAGCUCAAGAUGAAGAAACUGAAAGCUGCUUUAAGUACAUGGAGCAAGACUACUUUUGGGGACAUUUUUAAUCAACUUGUAAUUAGAGAGGAUAUAGUUAAGAUUAAAGAGCAGUUGUUUGAGGAGAAUCCAUCUGAAGAAAAUAGAAUGGUCAUACAAAAGGCACAAACAGAACUUAAGCUGUAUCUUCACUAUGAAGAGGAAUUCUGGAGGCAAAAAGCUGGGAUGGACUGUUUCUUUGAAGGUGAUAAAAAUAUAAGAUAUUUCCAUAGUCUGGUAAAAGGAAGAAGGAAAAGAAUCCAGAUUAGGAGGAUUAAAGAUGAUACUGGUAAUUGGCUAGAGGAUGCUGAUAGUGUUGCUGCUGAAGCUAUUAACUUUUUCCAUAAGAAAUUUACUCAUGAGGAGGUCAGUAAAGAUUCUCCAAUUCUUAAUCAUAUUCCUGAGCUGAUUAGAGAGGAGGAUAAUAUACUGCUUGCUGAACAACCUACUAUGGAAGAAGUACAGAAGGUAGUAUUUGAAUUAAAUGGGGACAGUACCUGUGGCCCUGAUGGAUUUUCUGGUAUAUUUUAUCAGAAGUGUUGGGAGGUGAUCAAGGCUGAUGUAUUUAGUGUUGUUAAAGCUUUCUUUGAAGGACAGACUCUUCCCAAGUCAAUCACUCACACUAAUCUAGUUUUGCUGCCAAAGAAGAAUGUUGUUGAAGCAUUCUAUGAUAUGAGACCUAUAAGUCUUAGCAACUUUAUCUAUAAGGUCAUAUCAAGAGUAGUUCAUGACAGACUAGACAAGUUACUCACAAGGGUGAUCUCUCCAAAUCAAUUUGGUUUUGUUAAGGGCAGGAAUAUAAUUGAGAAUGUAUUUUUGACACAAGAAAUUGCACAUGGUUUCUUUCAUUCUACAAGGGGUGUCAAGCAAGGGGAUCCACUCUCUCCUGCUCUCUUCAUUAUAGCGGCAGAAUUUCUUUCAAGGGCAUUAAAUUCUUUGUUUGAUCAACCUGGUUUUGUUGGAUAUGGGAUGCCAAAGAAAAGGAAAGAGGAUUAUACUGAAUUAUUGAAGAAAGUCAAAGACAAGUUACAAACUUGGAAAGGCAAGUUACUGUCUUAUGGAGGAAAAGCAGUGUUGAUUACAAGUGUCCUUCAAAGUAUCCCAAUUCAUGUUCUAUCUGCUAUAAGGCCUCCUAAAUGCGUUAUAAAGGAACUACACAGGAUCAUUGCCAGGUUCUUUUGGAAUAAUAAGGAGGAAGGAAGAUGCAGACACUGGGCAUCUUGGCUUAACAUGUGCAUUCCCAAACAGGAAGGAGGUUUGGGUUUCAGGUCUAUUUAUGACAUGUCUAAAGCUUUAUGUGCUAAACUAUGGUGGAAGUUUAGAACCACUAGUUCUCUUUGGGCUAAUUUCAUAUGGAAUAAAUACUGUAAAAAGCAAAUUCCUCAGGUGGUUCAAUGGAAGAGAGGGUCACAACUAGGUGCUCUUAGCUAUGUGGUUCCCCCGUCCUGGCAAAUCAUUGAUCAUGCUGAAGAUGUUUCUGAACUUAUGUCAAAUGGAGGAUGGAAUAUCAGCAAACUCAUGCAGCUGUUUCCUGAAUAUAUUGUGCAACAUAUAACACAGGAAAUUGACAUUAAAUACACAUCAAAUGAAUGGGACAGUCAUUGGUGGAUGAUGAAAAGUACAGGGAGAAUUAUUAAAUGGAUGAGACCUGCAUCUGGAUUCUACAAGUGUAAUACUGAUGGAGCUGCUAAAGGAAAUCCAAGACCAAGUUCUGCUGCUUUUUGUAUCAGAAAUGAAGAGGGAGAUUUGGUGUAUGUAGCUGCUAAAAUUUUGACAGAUGGAACAAAUAUUAUGGUUGAGGCUGAGGCUAUUAGAAUGGGACUGAGGUUCAGUUCAGUUUCAUAA